AUGCAGAGCUUGAAGACAAACAACGAUAUCGGAGCAGAAAAAAAAGCCAUGUGCAAUAACGUCUCGCCUGCAAGUCUAAGUGCACCUCUGGCAGCGAGCGACAGUGUUUCAUUUUCAUCCGACACCUCUGGGAGCAUGCAGGACGACGAGAACGAAGUUGAAGUGACCGCGUAG